UAGGUGCACCCGGUCAUUCAUUCUGAAUGCAGCUCUGCAUUUGCAUCGCAAGAUGGCGCAAGUGGAGGCUUUUCGUUACGAGAAAGCGUAUGGUAGGAGGAGGGCCAGGAGGGAUUCAAUUCGAAAUAAGUACGUGUACGAGAUGGGCGUCAAGGAUCUGUGGAACAUUUUGUCGCCCUUGUGCGAGAAGAAACCGCUGUACGAGCUGCAGGGAAAGACCAUUGCGAUCGAUUUGAGCGGGUGGAUCGUGGACAGUCAGACAGCCGUCGACAAUGCGACGCAACCGAAGAUGCAUCUCAGGAACUUGUACUUCCGUACGUCGUACCUUCUUAUGCAUGGGAUAUAUCCGGUAUUUGUACUGGAGGGAAAGGCACCCACCCUAAAACACCAAACUAUUGCACGAAGGAACAAUGUUCGUAGUGGACUUCAGGAGAGAAAGACUGCUAAGAAAGUAGGGAGAGCACAGUUUAAUCGAGUUCUAAACGAGUGUAAAGAAUUAUUAAGAUGCAUGGGGAUUGCUUGUGUACAGAGCCAUGGUGAAGCAGAAGCUAUGUGUGCUUACCUGAAUGAAGAUGGAAUUGUAGAUGGAUGUAUAAGUCAAGACAGCGACUGUUUCUUAUAUGGUGCAAAAAUAGUGUACAGAAACUUUUCUAUGGGAGGACAUUGUGCAGCUACAGGUGGAUCUAUGGACAUCUACAAUAUGGAAAAAAUAGAGAAGAUAUUAAAUAUAGGACGAAAUAAAAUGAUAGCGCUAGCUUUGCUAUGCGGUUGUGAUUACAGUGAGGGUGUGAGUGGUGUUGGAAAGGAGGCUGCUCUAAAAUUUUUCAAGACUGUUGAAGAAGCAGAUGUCUUACAAAGGAUUCAAGGUUGGAGAACUGACACUGGUUUGGAUGUGAUUGAGUCAGAUAUGUUAAAUUCUAAGUUAUGUAUAGCAUGUGGUCAUCCAGGAAAACUACAAAAACAUACGAAAUCAGGUUGUCCUGAUUGUGGAACCAUUAGAAAGUGUAAUGAUGAUUUCAGAGAAAAAAGGGCGUUGAUAUUAAACGAAAUAUCAUUAAGAAAGAAGGCACUUCAUAAUGAAAAUUUCCCAAAUCAGGAGUUGAUAGAUGAAUUUCUUAUCAGGAAGGACUCUCUUCCAACUAAAUUGGAUAUAAAAUGGAAGCAACCUCAACUCAAUCAACUUAUUGACUUCAUGUCUAAACAUGUAUGUUGGGAACCACAAUAUGCGUUUGAAAAAAUUUUUCCAUUUGUUACUAGAUGGCAGUUGUUACAUUUAUCAGAUUUUACAUUCGAUGAACGUUUAUGCAUGGUAGAUUUAUUUAUUCCCGAAGGCAUAACAAAGAUACGUAAUAUUAGAUCUGUAGCCAGUUAUGAAAUUAUAUGGAAAAAAGAGCAUGCUGUGAUAAAAAUGUUAAAAGAAUAUAAAGAGCAAACAAGUGAGAAUGAUGAUGACGAUAUAGCUAACAAUUUGCUAACAAGUAUUGAGCCGCAAGACUUGGUUUUAAAAUGUUAUCCAGAAUUAGUUGAAGUAUUUGAAAAUGCUAGGAAUGAAAAAAGAAAACCAAAAAAAAGAAUUGCAAAUUCUCGGAAAAAAAAGACUACAUCAGAAAAAAAUAAUAAGAAAAUCGAUGAAUUUAUAUCUAGAAAUGAUCCAAUAUCUCUAGAGGAUUCCUUUGAGAAAAUGGCAGUUACACCAAAAAGAUUAAAACAGAAAAAUGUUUCAAGUAGAUUGAAUAAUAAAUUAAAAAUAAAGAGCGUGUCUGAAGAUGUUGCGAGCGUGAACGUAAAACAAAUGAAAAGUGGUCCACAAUUUAAAAGAGUUUUAGAAACAGAGAAGGUAAAUCCAAAAUUGAAUAACACAAUUGGUAGAAUGUUUAAUGAACUUUCGCCUAAUGAUUUUAUGAGCGAAGAUGAAGAUGAUUUAGAGAUAACAAAUGUAAUUGAGAAUAUAUGUAGUAAACAGAUGUUCCAAUUAAGUAAUUGUCAGCCUACAGAAGCUAUUGGCCAGCCAGCAAAAAAUACAGAAGAAUGUGCAAUAAUUGAUGAAUUUGAGCCCGUAACGUACACUAACAAAAAUCAAGUUUAUGCAGAAAAUAAAAAACAAAAAUCAGAUGACUCAAAUGAUGAAUUUGAUAUUAAUGAAUCAUAUAUUCCUAUUAAUCAAAGAAUACAGAUGGAACAAAAUCGAAGGUCUUUAUCGGCGUGCAAUCAAAUAAAGAAAUAUAGCUUUGAUUUUGAAAAUAUUAUGGACGAAACCGAUAAUGAAAUUAUAUGUUUAGAUACGUAAUUUUAUACUUAACUU